AUGCUUCAACAGUUUCAAACUCGCAAAUCGAUUACGCCGGUUCAUGAGUAUAGCGCAGAGUUUCGUGGAUCCCCUAGUAGAUUCAAGUUUACUUCGGGCACGUAUAUAGACUUUACAUCCAAACAUAACAAUUGGGAUAUUGAUCCAGUAUUGCUCUAUGAUGCGCCUACUAUGAAAAAGGAGGCUUCAAAGAUUCAAUCUUUUAGUCCGGAGACAUAUUGGACCUUGUCAAUAACUGUCUCCAAACAGAGACCUGAUGAAAAUUGUGGACAGGAGAUAAACCUUAGUUGGUCAAGGCAUAGGGUGUUCGACAAGCAGGUCGCAAAUUUGUUUCAGAACAUGGUCAAAGAAUUUAAAGAAGCAGAAGUGGUUUCUGUCGAUAUUGAGAAGAAGACAAAGUCUAGACCACAUGCCUUGAACACGGUAGAAUUGUUAAAAUUCUGUUCUUCUAACCUAGGAAUUGGUCCACAAGAUGCAAUGUCCACAGCGGAACGACUUUACACCCAAGGUUAUAUUUCGUAUCCACGUACCGAAACUACUUCAUAUGCGAAAAGUUUCGACUUCGAGGAAGUUCUGAAGACUCAAUCGCGGGAUCUUAUUCCAAAGAGUUAUUGGAAAGAGGAAUCGAGCGUCCUACGGGAGGAACUGAUGAACAAAAUGUCUGACCAAAACAUCCCAGAAUAUCGUCAAGGAGACAUUUUAAAAGUAAUUAGCGUUAAGAUGACUGAAGGAAAAACCAGUCCACCAGAUUACCUAUCGGAGAGUGAAGUCAUUGAUGGAAAAGCAUGGUAUAGGCACUGA